AUGCUUGGAAAGGAAACGCCCUUUGUCGCCGGUAAUUUUACCCUUGAACUGAAAACAAAGACACUAGAAAGGGAGGCUUAGAUUGUACUAAAAUAUAAAAUGUCUGAGUACCUAGUUUUGUAUGCCGAACAUAUAUCGGUUCAUAUCAAUGGUAGUGAAAAUCCGAUUCCCAGGUGGCAUAUCAAAAGAAGAGGGGGCGUUCAACGGGACGGGUUUAUUUGAGAUCCGACGUUUCGGGUAAUUUAUCCGUCUACCCAUCUUCAGGGACUGGGAAAACCCAUUCCCUGCUAAGAGAUGAACAAAAGGCCCUAAGAGAGCUGAAAGCGGACACCGAAAUAGUUAUUCUGCCUGUUGACAAAGGCCGGUCAACCGUCAUCCUCGACAAGGUGGACUACCGACGCAAAGCCCUCCUGCUCCUCAACGAUCGAGAGUCCUACAAAGUCAGCGACGCCGCCAGUCUAAAGUCCCUAGUGGCAAAGGUUAACAGAAUUCUGGCUCGACUAAAAAAGGACAAGGUCAUCACCGUCAAAGACUGGUAUAUGGCAAAGCCCGCAGAAACCGCUAUGGCGAGAUUCUAUGGUCUCCCAAAAGUACACAAGCCAGAUGUUCCCCUCCGUCCUCUCGUCUCACUCCGAGGCACACCCACAUACGGGUUUGCAAGCUGGCUGUUUCGGAAGCAAAGAUCCCUAACUGCAGGCUCACAAACAACGGUGCACUCAGCAGAACAAUUCCUUGACAAAAUAAGGACAGUCACGAUCGAACCGAAUGAAAGGAUGGUGUCUUUUGACGUCGUCUCACUCUUCACGUCCAUGCCACAGGCUCUUGCGGUCGAAACGCUCAGUGACCUGCUACGUCAAAAUUACGACGGCGGCGAUUGCCAGCCCACAGCUCAGAAUCUCAUAGAACUCAUGGGGCGCUGCCUUAAGACAUUCUUUACCUCCGAAGGGACCACAUACGAGCAGAUCAAGGGCUCUCCAAUGGGUUCACCAAUCUCCGGACUCAUUGCCGAGGCGGUUCUACAAAAACUCGAGAGACGACUAUUCGAGGAGUACAAACCCAAGUUUUGGGCACACUACGUUGAUGACACCUUCGUAAUCAUAGACCAGGAUAAAAUCAACUACUAUGCGGAAGUACUGAACUCAAUCAUGCCCGAUCUACAGUUCACGAUGGAAGAGGAAGUAAAGAACAAACUUUCAUUUUUGGAUGUUCUCGUCUGCCGCCAACCAAAUGGCGAACUAGCGACGUCGGUCUACAGAAAACCGACGAACACGCUGCAAAUUCUCAGCUACCACAGCAACCACCCGCCACAACACAAACGAAACUGUGUCCGCACGCUGUACCGACGGGUGGAAACUCAUUGCAGCACGCCAGCCGCCAAACUGGAUGAGAUAAAGCUCCUCCGAGAACUCCUCAGAGCCAAUGGCUAUCCGCGGGCAUUCAUUGAACGAAGCCGGAGGCAGCCAAAGAAACGGAACGAAGAGCAUAGUCAGCCAAACUCGUGGCGGAGCAUUCCGCACAUUAAAGAGUUCUCCGAAGUCGUGGCCCGAUCACUCGCGCCACUCGAAAUAGGUGUUGCCCACAGGCCUGACUCAACAAUCCGCCGGCAAGUGAUGCGGCCGAAAGACCCGAUCCCUAAGCAGGAGAUGUCGGCCGUUGUCUACCGACUUCAAUGCAGCUGCGGAAGUUGA